UUCAAUCUCCCCACAUUCGCAAGUUUGUAAGUGAUACCUCGAGACUGUUUCGUCCUCGCUAAUGAUCCUUCGCAACCCAACUACCCGAACGGCGAAGUCCCACUUCCUCGUCGUCCCCAACAAGAUCCCCCACUCAAAGAAACCAGAGAGAGAGAGAGGCAUGCUCAAUCUCAACCCUAAGCUCAGCUCCAUCACUUUCUUCCACCCAUGCCUCCUCUUCAUCCUCAUACACCUCACAAACUGCAAUGCGGUGUCCAUUAUGGGCCUCGGUUCACUGCGAAGCGGCGGUCUAGACCUUCUUCUGGAGAGGUCAUCAUGCUUGGAGGCUGCCCUUGGGGAGUGCGUGACCGAUCCGGAGAUGGAGUGGGAGACCAGCCGGAGAGUGCCGGUGGCAGCGCAGCAGAGCAACAAGAAGUACAUCGGCUAUGAGUUGCUGAGGGAGGACACCGUGCCCUGCCAGAAAUCAGGGGCUUCCUACCACAAUUGCCCGGGCGGGCAGGCCAACCCGCACAACAGAGGGUGCACGAUCAUCACUAGAUUUGCACGAGACGUCGGAGACAUCAAGACUUGAAAGAGUAAUUUGCGGGGGUGACUUACCAUUUUGAUUUCGCUCUAUGAAAAUAAAGAGAAAUCGGAGUUUUGCCUUUCUCGGCUAGGUAUUCUGAGCCUUUUUCCUGUGCUAUAAAGCAGGACCGUGUGCUAUAGUCUGUAAUCUAACUGCAUGUUUCUCAGGCCUUGAAUCAUGAACUAACGUUACAUUUCCAAAGGUACGAUCAGUUCUAGCCUCCGGAGAGAACUCAUGCUUGAA